UCACAGCUUUGUGUUAAGUGAAAGAAUUAUUCAAGCAAGAAAGGAGAGAAAUCCACAGAACUGAAAAAAGAAGAAAUUUUGUUUUACCAAGGCUCUCUUCUCCUAAUCAAGAUACGCGAGUUGAUAUCAUGAACGUGUAUUGCGACGAGCCUUUUCAAUUUUUCCCCACCAACACCGACUACAAGGAGCUUCGAGGGACUUUUAUCACUAACUGUAUCUGCAACGGUUUUUUAACUUAUACCGCCAUAAUGUUAAAUAUUGUCACAAUCUGCGCAAUACGGAAGACUUCAACGUUACCAAAAAAUUUAAAAACUUUACUGGUGAGCCUUGCUUUUUCUGACGUUGGUGUUGGUUUGGUUGGUCAACCAACUUACCUGUCACUUCAUGUUAGCUGGUUAAAACUGAACGAUCCAAGUUGUAACGCUAACCGAUUGCUGACCAUCUCUGGCAACUUAUUUUCACUUGCCUCGUUCCUGGGUGUCGUGGCUGUAAGUGUAGAAAGGUUCUUAGCUCUUCGUCUUCAUCUCAGAUAUCAGGAACUUGUGAGUCAAAAACGUGUUGGUACUUUGGUAAUAUCAAUAUGGGCAUUUAGUUUAUUUGUUUCUUUGAUGGCAUUUUGGAGUUCGGUCCAUAUUAUGUCAAUAAUUAUUUCAGUUGCGGCAUCUUUCAGUUUCAUUGUGAGUGUUGUGUUAUACCUCAGGAUUUAUUUAACUGUCAGGCGGCACAAGCGUCAGAUCCAGUCUUUGCAAGUACAAGACAUAAGUCAGUCUGGCGAAAUAACAAAUUUUUUACGUCUCGUUAAAUCUGCAGUUGAUAUAUUCUACGUUUAUCUCGUUUUUUUAUUUUGCUAUUCGCCUUGCUUUAUUUCCGUGGUUCUCAUUAAAAUAUUUGGAUCGAGUGUCGCCUUGAAGAGGUUUUUUCUUUUCUCAGUGACUCUUGUAUUUCUCAAUUCCUCUCUUAACCCUUUAAUCUACUGCUGGAAGAUGAGACACAUUCGGCGCGCUAUCAUGGACAUGCUGCGGAAUACGAAUUGGAACACAAACCGUUCGCAGUAAUUUUACUGUUUGGUAAUAUGAUGACUGGAUGACUAUAUAUUGUCAUGACUAUAUAUUGUCAUUGGCAAACGAUUCGCAGUCUCAAAGAGCAUAGACACAUAGGAAAGGUGUGAGUUUAAUGGAGACUUUUUUACUGAAUACCUAAAGAUUGUUGGGGGAAAAUAAGCGAGUGGAGGUAUUAGCAGCUACUAUGUUUAUUUAUUUAUUCUCUAAUUGAUCAGGCUGUA